AUCCUCAACGUCCUCCGCACCCUCUACGCCGACUAUUCCACAGUCCUCGCCCGCACCCGCGCCCCGCCCGGCCUCCCUGUGCCCAACCCCUCCAGCUCCUUCUGGCAGGAUGCCCCUCCCCACCCGGAGCUGUGUGACGUGCAGUCCUCCCCAGCUGGACCGCCUGAGACAGCCGAUAUCGUGAUUAUCGGCUCAGGCAUCACUGCUGCGGCGGUUGCCAGGACGGUGCUGCAAGAGCUGGCGAGGAAGGAAGAGAGAACGAAACAGCCUGCUGCCGAAGGGCAGCAGAAGCGCAGGGGCUGGGUCCGCGUGCUGGUCCUCGAGGCCCGCCAGCUCUGCUCAGGCGCCACGGGCCGCAACGGCGGCCACAUCAAGGCCUCCCCCCACGAGCUCUUCCACCGCCUCACCCACGACGCCAAGAUGGCCAAGGACCGUGCUGCAGCGCUCUGUGCCCUGCAGACCAGCCAUGUCAGCAUGCUGAAGGAGGUCGUGCAGGACGAGGAGCUCGAGGCCGUCUCGGAGUUCAGGGAGGUGCGGACGGUCGAUCUCGCUGUGGAUGAGGUGAUGGACGCCAAGAUGAAGGCCCAGGCGGACGAGUUUGCACCGUAUGCGCCGGAGGGGUACGAGUUGAAGGUGUACUCGGGGGAGGAGGCGAGGGGCCUCUUUGCAGGGUCGGAGCAUGUUGUGGGGGCGGUGGCGUAUCCUGCUGGGGCGCUCUGGCCGUAUCGUUUUGUUACAGGUCUGUGGCGGAAGUUGCUGGAUCGGUCGGAGAGGGAUGAGCUGGCUAUUGAGACGGGCACGGCGGUGACGGCUGUGGAAGUUGUCAGUGGGGAGGAUAGGUUUCCGUACGUCGUGUCUACGAGCCGUGGUAAUAUUCGCGCCCGGCAUGUCGUCCAUGCCACGAAUGGCUUUGCUGCACAGCUUGUGCCAGGUCUCUUGGGUAAAGCCACGGGGGUGCUGUGCCAUAUGACAGCACAGCAGCCGGGUCAGGACUUUCCAGACCACGACGGGAAACAGUCGUGGUCGGUCAUAUAUAACCAGGGCUUCGACUAUAUCACGCAGAGACCUAAUGUGCCGAGUGGGCAGGAGAAGGAGCGAGAGGGAGGACGGGGAGGUGGCGGCGGCGAGAUCAUGCUUGGAGGCGGCCUGUUCCAGAGCGGCAAGCAGGGCAUGGACAUGUUUGGGGUGUAUGACGACAGCAAGACAGACGCCAUGACGCUCAUGCACCUGGAGGGCGUGAUGCCGACCGUGUUCAGGUGGGGGGCGGAAGCACCUGGGAGGAGAGUCAUCAAGGCCUGGUCUGGGGUUGUUGGCUUCACCGCCGACGUGUUGCCUCUUGUGGGCAGGCUGGACCCGCGGCUUACCAAGAGACAAGUAACGACCAAGCAUAGCAGCAGCAACGGUGACAGCGUCAAGCCGGGCGAGUGGAUCGCGGCCUACUUUUGUGGCGACGGGAUGGUCUGGUCCUGGCUGUGUGGCACGGCCGUGGGGAUUAUGCUGGCGGGUAGUGAGGACGAGGACCUGCCCAAGGAGCCUGGCCGUCCUGCUGGCAGGCUGGCGAGCUGGUUCCCGCCAGAGCUGCAGGCGAACUGGGCGAGGGUGAAGGGGAUGGAUAUUGCUGACCUGGCUGGGGAGUUAUGA